UAUUACGUGGUACCUGCUCCAUCGUCCCACCGCUGGUAGGGUACCCUACCAGCGAACCCACCAAUCUCAGUCGAGUUCAGCCGAAGCACGGUACCACUCGUGCGGUCGAUGGUACUGCUAACAAAAGUGUAAACAACACAACAUGUCAUCGCCCAUCCAGUCGUCAACCCUCGACGGCCUCCCCAAGCAGUUCGUGGCUGCCAUGCGCACCCUCUUCGACAUCAUGGACGACAAAAGGACGGGUUUGGUCAAUUUUGCGGACAUCGAGAACAGAUGGCAAGACGACGGCUCCAAAGGCUUGCCCAAAGGCGUCCUCGAGAGCCUGCGCAAGGUGACACCCCCCAAUGGGAUGCUCACCUUCGAGAGGUUCUGUGCGGGGUUGAAAAUCUGCCUGUUGAGGAACCAAGUGGAGAGGAGGAGCGACAAGAGGGAGGGGGUUGCGCCCACCAACAGACCCCCGUCAGCACCGCUUUUGGACAUACAGGAGCCCCCGAAACAAAACUGGAACACUGCCGCCAUCAGGCCAAACAACGUCAUGUCGCAACAGCGGACGAUAAGUAUGCCCCAGCUCCUCCCCAAGGACCCCCAGGGGGAGAAGCCCGUCCCCAACAUCAACAAGCCGCUCUACGGCCCCCCAAAGCCCCCCAGAAGCGCCAUCGGCAUCGACCGAGGGGGCAACAUGGACAGGGCUGAGAUCCGGACGGCGCUCCAAAACUGGCAAAUGGGCCUGAUGAUGAACGACCAAGAGAACAAAACCGAGAAACGGCCCCAAUACACUGGCCUCCUCCGCACUGGCCGCAGUCUAGGUGAUGGCAAAGCCGCCCAGAGUGAUAUUCCAGUCGCCCCCGGGAUGUAUCAGAAGAAAGCAAACGUUAGACGAAGAGAACCGAGACGACACACUUUGCAGAACGGAAUCGAUUACAAUAUGCUGAAGCGGAUGAAGCAGAUAGAGCAAGAAAAGGACGUUUUGAUGCAAGGGUUGAAUGCGGUGGAGAAGGCGCGAGAGUGGUAUUUGAAGCAAGUUGCAGCGGUGCAAGAAAAAAUGAAGUAUUUAGGACGGAUGGGUCACGUGGAACCGUGGUCGGAAGCCCAGCAGGAAAGACUGGAGCUUCAAAGGGCUCGAGUUUUUGAAGUUAACCGACACUUAGCUGCCCUCACAGACAGUUGGGAACGUGGAGGUCUUCCCCUACAUAUGAACCUAGCUGUUCAUCAUUACCCGCAAAAUCUAGACCUGAACGAUCGACUCAAGCAGCAAAAUCGGCUCCUAACUGAGGAGGUGAGCAAAAAAAGUGAAAGGAUAUCGCUUUUGGAGCGGGAAAAGGCGAAUCUGAUUCAAAUGCUUCAAAUGAGGUCAGCGCCCAAUAGGAACGGACAAGAAGAGGCGGUUUUUUGAAAAAUCAAAUCACUUUUUAUCAAAACACAUUUAUUAACAGUCAUUGAAACAAUUGUGAUUCUUUUGUGAAAAUAUAAAACGUAACGGUGUUACCUACGUGUUAUACAUAGAUAUGUUUCUUAGAUAACUUGUACCAGGAAGUGCCAUUAACAUACAAUUUGUUCGUAAUUAAGUUAAGGUUGGUACAUUUUAUAUUCAACUGCCAAAUUGUGGGUGAUUUUGUGCAAAUUUUUAAACUGGUGCUAGCCAUUUUUCAUAUACUGGGUGGCCCAAAACUCAAACAUGUCACAGUUUUGGGUCACACAGUAUGCAAACAUUUACUAAUAAAGUAUAUCAUUUUUUGUA